AUGAUGAACAACUACUGCAAAACUAGCAGUUUAGUGAAGUCAAUCAACUUCAUGAUUUGUCUGAAUUAAGCUUUAUAGACAAUCAGCAUAAUAGGUCAUCACUUUUGCCAACUAGAUUUCCUUAAUCUGAGGGUAAUGUUAAUGGAAGCAACAUUUAAGCAAAUUAUGGAAGGCAUAAUCCCAGUGCUGGUGGAUGACUUGAGGAACUUGCUUAGUUUCUGGGCGACAAUAGCAGCAUAGUUGUUGAUGGUAUAAAAUGUCAGAGUCCAACCCAGACUAUCGAAUGAAAGUAGCAACCCAAAUUCAGCUCAGAGAUUAAGUAUCUUGACUGGAAUGAGAAUCCCUCCAACUCAGCCUCUGGCAAACAUCAUCGAAGAGGAAUCUAAAAUUACUAUGAAUCAGAAAUCAACCAAGAUGAAUAUGAUAGGUAGAUCAGUAGGGGUAGAGAGAGCAAAAAAAUUAGAAAUUAAGUUGAAAGUGAUACUAACUAAGAAAAUAACAACUUCAAAUUUACCUAAAAUAAGAUUAUACCAGCAAGAAAAAGAAGCCAUAUGCAAACUUCUAAAUGAAUACUACCCACUUUAUAGAGGAUUCAUUAGACUUUUACCCUAGCAUUACAAUACCAAAUUUUGUCAAAAAGAUCAUAAGAGAGUAUUUGAUAAGUAUUCUCAAGGUAAAAAUACUAUUGGUUUUAAUAUGACUGGUGGCUUAGAUAUGAUUGGGUUUUUGGUGCCUGCAUUUGAUUUUGAAAAGCCAGAGCAAUGGGAUGAGUGUAUGAGUAAAGCAUGA